GUUAUUGGUCUUGCACGACUUCAGUGCUAGCUGCCGAGUCUAGAUCAAUAGUUUAUUUUAAAAAUUUCUCUUUAUUCGAUUCAGUAACCUCCAUACAUUAUAUUAAAAUAUUCAUCUACGUUCUAUAAUUCGUAGACAGUACUGUAGCUAUCUAUCGUUAUCGGUCCGUACGUAAAAGCACAUCGUAAAAUUGAUCACAUGUGAGUCAAGUCAGGUGCGGACCGGCCGCGAAUUAACAGCAAUUGUAACAUUUACUCGUAAAUAUUUACCACAAAUGUUCCCCGCGCACUAAUCAAACAUAGCCCGGUUCUAUUAGAGACAAAUUAUCACCAUUUCAUAGUACAAAAUGUUACGGUUUAGUCAACUAGUGCUUGUGUUUGUUGUCGCGCUGAAACAGGUCGAGAGCGAUGCUCCACAAAAGAUACCUGUUAAAAUAUACUAUGAGAGCCAGUGUCCGGACAGCAGAAAUUUCAUUGAAAACCAACUGGAACCAUCUAUACGCCACCUCCAGGAUUAUAUAAGUCUACAUUUUGUACCUUUUGGAAAAGCUUCUAGCGUUACCCAAGGGUACGAUGGUUUUGUAUGUCAGCACGGUCCCAGUGAGUGUACCGGCAAUAUGGUGCAGAGCUGCGCGCUGGAUCUCAUGCAGGAACGAAACGACGUGGAAAAGGUUCUAUAUGUACUCUGCGAAAUGAGGACUGAGGCAGGAACUAGAAAGGAUAUGAAGUGCGCAAAGAGGGUGGGUCUCCGAGCGAGUGAUGUGAGAGCGUGUGUGGACUCAAAUAUGGGUACAGUGUUGCAGCUGCAGGCUGAAAAAGAUACUAAGCGCAUCAGACCGAAGUUCAUACCCACUAUCACUGUAAACGGGAGGUUCAACCAACAGAUACAAAAUUCUGCGUUAGUAGACUUCCCAGGAACAAUUUGUUCGAUACUUGGAAACAUACCGCCUUGCGUUGAACACUUCAAUAAAGUAGUCUAUCAAUACGUUUUAAUUUGAACAGACAAUAAAUAUAUAUUUCGUACCUAA